AUGCCUAGCCUCUUCUCUCGCCUGAAGAGCAAGGACGGGUCGCACAAAAAGUCCAAGAAGGGGUCCAACUUCGAUGCUUCCGAUCAGCUCUCUACGAAGCCAAAAUGGGACGACGCUUACACGAGGCAGACGGUUGAACCCGAAGAGAUACAGGACUUGAUCAGACGUUGUACCGAAGAGUUGAAGGCAAGAGCACUUGACCACCCUUUUCUUCUGUUGCCAUUCCGGCCUACCUCGGACCCUAGUGCUGUCCGGACCUUCAUCCGACACUUCUUCGAUGGCGGCCAACCUCUUCGUGGCGAGUCGUUGUCGCAGGAGCUGCGCAUGACAGCGCCAAUGGUAAUCGCCGGUGUGGUCAAAUGGUGCUGGAGUCGACUUUCAGGUGGUGUCGUAGGCUGGGAUGCGUACGAACUCUUCAAGGUUGGCGAGCAAGAUUCGAAUAUGGCGAGAGACUCCUUCAAGACUUUCAUUCCUCUCAGCGUUGAUAACGGCGCCCGGUCGAGUAUCAUUUUCGAUUUUUUUGACCUGAUAUCUGCAAUUGCCGCCCAUGGGAAGAUGAACGGUCUGGGCGGGCGCAAAAUCUCUCGGAUGGCUGCAUGGUGGGCGUUCGAGCAGAAGGACACCGGCAGCGGCUUUGAAGGCGGAUACAAAGCUUGGGCAACUGCUGCCGACGCCACGAGCCAUCUUUUCUUUGCAUACCUUCGAUCGUUAGCUCCUCACAAGCAGACUCAGGGCGCAAUCUCCAUGCUUCCGAUGUCUCUCCAGAAGUUGCUGCAGGAAACAGAGUAUCCGCCUCAGAAACCGUCUUUGAUGCAAUCUUCUACCUACAGAGUAGUCAUGAUCGUCGACACUGUCUCGCCGACACCCUUUGCACUCCUGCGCCGAGCAAAUCACUUCCAGUAUCGCGAGGAGGAUCGAGCCUUGCGCGAAUUUUCCGAGUACGAGGACCCUGUGAAGGCUCUGACCGAGGAAUGUCGCCGAGUGCUGAAAGCGAUUUCGUCGGCCAACCAAUCUCAAGUGUCCAGCGCAAAGCACUCCACAAGCUUGCGGGACGCAUCAUGGUCACGAUUUGAAGACAUUGGGUUCACCAGUGCGCUCGAAGACGACGACGAUGACGAUGAAGCGGCAGCCGCUGCGCGCAGGCCCCACGGCCUUAGAACUACACCUGCGUCCGGAAACAUGGGACUGGGUAGGCCGACUACGCCAUCUUGGGCCGACUUCCUCUCGUCUGGGUUCGUGGACGACAACCCUAACACCCCUAAUAUGCUGUUACCCCCCGACCAGGUACUCCCACCUAUCGAGACGACUGCGCGCCAACGAAGCUCCCAGUCCCACAACCCGAGACUGGAAUCGGAGCGUCUGGAGCCCGGAGAAUUGGCGAGCAUUGCUCGAUUCGAUCUGGAUGAGAGCUUUUGGUGGGUUUGGAUGAGCAGUCUUGCCCCGGAAGAGACUCCGGAAAGAAAGUCAGCUUUCGGCCGAUGUGCCGUUGUCGAAACCUCUAUCAAGCGUGGUCGAUGGUUGGUCAUGGAGGAGAUGGUGGCUGGAGCAGCCCCUGAACCCCAGGAAGGCGCAUAUAUUGCUGAGAAGAAGGGUUUCUUCAGCUGGACCAGACGCAACAAGGGCGUGAACCGUCGCAAGUCAACGGGCAAGCCUGCUCUUGAGAAGGGCAGCACCAACGCCGAUUCCAACCUCAGCAAGUCAAGCAUUGGUCCCGAUCAGCAAGCCCGAAUCCAGGCCGCUGCCGCCCAGUUACAGGCGCGUCAACAGCAGGAGCAGCAGCAACAGAUGCUCCAAGCACGCCGAGGCAGAAAUGAUGAGUCGGCAAGAGAGAAGACGACAAGUGUCUUGACUCUUCAGCCCGAUAUUAUGCGCCAGGCAUCACCGGCGAUGAAAUGGGCAAACAAGUAUGACAAGGAUGCCAUUCGGGAGGCUUACUUGGCAAACAAUGCUACUGGUCGUGGCCUUGGCGUCUCAACCAUGCAAAGGAACGGGAGCAAUGGCUACAACGAAGACUCGAACGGCCACACCAACGAGGCCGAAUUACGUCCCGAAGUACCGGAGAAGUCUCCUUCUUUGCAAUCGCAGUCCCCGUUGACGUCCCCAUUGGCGAUGAACUCUUCGGCGGUAUUCCGCUCACCAUCUCCGCUGCCGCCCAGCCAACAGGACGACGACCCUCGAGGACCCUCGGAGAAGGAAAUGGAAGCCCCGAAUGGGUUGCAUCCGGCCAACCGUUUCGAAGACGGUCGCAGUUCCCCACUGCCUCCGCCCAAGGACUCGCACGACUAUGGUCGGGAGAACAUGUUUACGCCAGAACCGGACACCAGCACCAAGGACAAAAAAUCAAAGAAGCUUCAUAAAGAGAAGACCGGCGGAGGUGGCCUUCGUAAGCUCUUUGGCCGCAACAAAAACCGAAGCUCGAAAUUGCCUGAGAACGCCGCCGCGGAUGUGAACGGUAUGCUCCAGCGCGAGACAGCAACCCCCGAGCCGCCAAAGCCUGCUCCUUCUCCCGUCCCCCAGUCCAUUGCUUCUGAGUCCAACCUCCCCACACCAACACCUGCUGAGGCUUACACCACGCCAAUGGAAACUCCUCAGCCAGCUCCUGUUGAAACCCAAGCUCACGAGCCGCAGUACGAGCCGUCCGUUGAUGAAUCGAUAUCCCGCGUCGAUACCGAGGAUGCCAACGAGGCUCAUCACGAAUUCUCACGCUUCGACCAGGGCCCUUUGCAAGAACAGCCAGCCUUUGUCCCUGAUGACGAGUCCGAGGAUGCCAUUCCACCCCCCAUUGCGAGACGGGCAAAGUCCCCCCAACCUACCGUGGAGGCCUCGCCGACCUCACCAGACAACGGUCCUCGAGUCCCGCCCGCGAUAGACCGAUGGGCGCAGAUCCGCAAGAAUGCUGCGGAGCGUGCGGCGCAGCGCCAGAGCGAGGAGCAGAGCCGUGGCGGAUACAGCAAGACCACCGAUGGUGAUGACGACACGAGUGGAGAGGAGACGAUCGAAUCUCGCGUAGCCCGCAUCAAGGCUCGCGUCGCCGAGUUGACGGGUAAUAUGGAGAACUCCCAAGGCCCUCCUUUAACGGGUGCCCGAACUCCUCCCGUUCGCCGCUAG